GUGGUACAACCCAAGAUGGCCGAAGAUACGCCCACGUCGACACAUGACACUUUACACACACACCCUAAGGUUACACGCACAGGGCACACCACACAGGGGCCACACACACACACUCUGGAAACUAGGUCACACGGCGGGCAUUCUUCGAAGGGCAUGGACUACUCCGGACUUCAACUGAAUGACUCUUUAGACGCACUUGACGACUCGGAGAGCGGCGACGUCCCUCCGCAGGUCGUGGCGUUCCAGCUGAAGCGCCUGCGAUCCGACGACGGCUCGUCCACCACCGCCGAGGAAGUCUGGGAGUCACUCGAGCAAGACAGUUCUGGUUACGUAAGCUGCAGUGAAGGUUUCCCGGCAGGCGGCGGGGCCAGCGACGCCGAGCCGGAGUUUCCCGCGGGCAGCCGCAGCCUCCGCUCCAUCCGAGAGGACCUGGCGUCGGCAGUGUCGCGCGAAACCCGCUCGGAGUGUCACGACGCCCUUCCGCUGGCGACAGAAAGGGAAACCCACGAGGUCGGGGAGGUCGUUGCGAGUGACGGAUCGCUGUCGGAAAAAGCUUCCAUUACUGAGGGAAAUCUCGCGACAACUUCCUUCACGACAAAGAACGCAGGCGGCGUCAAAGGUGAAGGCAACCCGCUCGGCAGGGAGGGGGAGCCACGGCAGGAGUUGGGCGCUGCAGGAAGGACGGAGAGUGCGUCGUCGGACUCGAGGCACGAGGCAGCUCCUUCACCGCGCCCUCCUCUCACAAGGGCUCGGCCGCUCUUUGGUGAUGACGAGCCCGAGACGCCCCCAGCCUCGGCCCCCCUCGCCGAGGACGUAGCUGUCCGCCCCAAAAGUGCCAGCCCGUCAGAUAAGAAGAGCGGCGAAAAGGAAGAUCCGUUAUCCUCCUUCAAGGGCAGGAGAAACAGAAAGAAGGGCUACGCCUCGUCGUCCUCGCUGAGCCUCGAGAACCCGCUGCCGGAAAUCGCAGAGGACCCGCCCGCGCCGCAGCACGUGGUCGUGGACCUCACGGACGGCGGCGAGUAUGUUCCCUUCGUGGCGGUGUCCGUAGAGGAGCCAGAUGAUCCCGACUCAUGGGAUCACGAAGAGGCUCUGAGCAUGAAGAUUCAGACUGACCUCGAGUCCCAAGGGGACAAGAUGGCGUCACGAUACCUCAGGUCGAAGGGAAUUCGCGUGCCGCCGCCGCGCCACCGCAGCUUCGGGGAAACCGUGGUAAACAUCAGUGCAGGUGAAGUGGACUGUGAAUACGUGAGCGAAAAUGAGAGCAGGGAGUUCAGUAACUCCUUUAAUCAAAGUGACGCGGGCGAAGGUGGAGGCAGGGGCAGGGCAGAGUACCUCGGUCAUGAAAACUUAGCCUUCGUGGAGGACGAGCAGGACGCGAUCAGCCAGGAGGAGAAUUUCGCCUCCCCCGGGGAGCCUGACGCGGUUCCCGUGGAGCUACCGAGGAGGAGCUCAGACCCGGAGGUGUCGUCCAGUGCCAAGAGUGACGAGGUGAAGGCGGAGGAGGAGCUCUUCCGGUCUGCCAGCUGUGGCACGGAGCUCGACAAAGUGCUCAACAAUCUGAGCGGCGAGCAGAGCCCAGUCUCGGGGACGCCCACCCUUAGGAAGAGGAGCAUCUCGAGGGGCCGCAAGGAGAGCAUCCAAUCGGAGCCCGACGACACGAAGACGAAGGAGGAGACGCCCGAUUCCGCUAAAUGGGUGGGUGUCCAUGGAGGCCAGCCAAGUGAAGGCGCCCAGUCGGCCUCCCCCCUCCUCACUUCCCCCACCACGCCCCACAUCGUAGUGUCUCCCGAGGAGAACGCCAACUCGCAGAACGCCAAUGAUAAGGCGGUGCAAGAGGACGCUGCUCAGCAGUCCUCGCUCCAAGCCAAUAAUGGCACGGGCGUCCCCAACGGCCAGUCCGCCCUUGCUUCGCCGCCGGCCCCCGCCGUGGAGGAGAGGGAGCGCACGCGGCCCGAUAAGCUAACGUUGACCAUGAAUACCCUGGACCUCCCAGAUAGCCGCCACCCCUCACUAGAUAUUGGUGUGCGCCGUAACACCCGGCGUAACUCCAUGAGCGAAAUGCUCAAACGUUACGGAAGUCAAACCAACCUCCAAAGGACUCCCUCAGCCAACAACAUCCGACGCAGUACCUCUCGGAACAGUCUAGUCUUAGAGUGGACUCAAGAGGGGAACGAUUCCCUCAUUGCUUGUCUGAGUGCCCUCUAUGGCAAGCUUCUAGUGGUGAUGGGCAUGGCUUUCCCAAUUGCAGAGGUCAUUUCCCAUGAUAUACCUGUUACUUUUUACAAUGGAUUCUACCUCUACUUGUACAUUGGGUCCAUAAUAUUCCUAGUGUACGCCUACAUGUUCCUCUUACGUGCGAUCAACCUCCCAACAGAGCAGAUCAAGUCCAAGUUUCAUUCCCUGCGAAACUACAUGGCUAUGCCUGACUUACACAUGGUCUUCCCUCAUCGGAACUCUUCGCAGCAAGAGGGUACAGGUCGUAUGGCAAGUCGUGAGUCACACUUGUCAGGGGGUUCAGAACUAGACAAGGAGUCAGAUCGAGCGUCAGUCAAUACAAUGAGUUUCAAGCCAGCCAAGUAUACUCUUACAGAAAGCAACAACCAUGGAUCAAUGUACCUCAAAAUGGGUGCAGUGUUGUUUGGAAUUGGCAGCAUGAUCUACAGUGGCUUGGAAGUUGGCCAGUACUUUGAGUUAAAAGGGGAUGACAACUGCGCUGAUAUUCUGCUGGCCAUUGCGCCAGGGGCUCGAAUGUUGUUCACUUUCAUCCAGAUGUAUUUCAUUUUCCUCAAUUCAAGGGUUGCAAUUAGCCGACAUAGGAUUGUGGCAAGAUUUGGUCUUAUGCACAUGAUUGGGACCAAUCUGUGUAUAUGGCUUAAUGUUUUAGUUCAGGAAACUAAGCAUGAGAUCAUUAACUUGAAACUUGGCCACGGACAGCAUCAUGGAGGAGGAAAUCUCUGGGCUCUAAUCUUGAGUGAAGCAGGUAGAGGAAGCAGUGCGACCCAUCAUGGUGCGAGUGGUGCUGGCCAUCAUGACGAUGCUGGAGCCAUUCUUGGUCACCAUGACGAUGGCAUCAAUGAUACUAUGGUUAACCACACACUUUUCAAUGAAACUACACAUGCACCACAUGACCUACAUGAUCUUCAUAAGGUUGCAAAUGACAGUCACAACAUUGUGAAGAGAUCAUCAGGAGAUCAUCAUGCAUUCAGCAUCUUUGAAUGUCGGCGCUCUGACCUCAUGGGACAAUUGGUUGAUAAUGCUUCACCAUUCCUUUUCCCAUGUACCAUUGAGUAUUCACUUCUCUGUGCUGGUGUUCUUUAUGUAAUUUGGAAGAAUAUCAACAAGCCAGAAGUUACAUAUGAUGGUGACUCAGACAUAUCCACAUAUGUCGCAAGAAAGGCUCGCCACCAUUACUCAGUAGACUGUGCUCAUGCCAACCGUGGAUUAUUCAUGGGCAUCCUUGUUCUUGUUCUCACCAUCAUCUCACUAAUACUAUUCUUUGUUCUCAUCAACAAUGAAGACUAUAAAGAUGUAGCCAUAAUGGAGGCCAAUAUCAUUGAGUUAUCUGUUUAUGGUGUUGCAAGUGUUACAGUUGUGAUAGGGAUGAUUCAGAUGAGAGAACUGGAGUUUAUACCAGAAGGAGACAUUGAGCUUGACAACAUUCUCCUGCUUAUUGCUCAGACAGGAGUGUACAUUUACACUUCAUUCACUGUCAUUGGAGGCCACUUUACUAUGACGGAUAAUUUGAUUCUUCCUCUCUUGUCUUCAAUUGUCACUCUGAUUCAAACCACUUUGCAAACCAUUUUUAUUUUGGAUGCCUCUCGUCGGUGCUGCUACAACCAUGAUCAGCUUCAGCGUAAACCAGGCAGAGAAAUGGUGAGUAAAUUCUGGAGAAGCACAGACUGUAUCAUUAUUUUUUCUAGAUUUUAGUUCUACCAGGUUAGAAUAUCCUAAUUAAGCCAUAGUUUUC